CUCCAAAAAAAAAAAACCCAAGUACAUUUCUACAAGGCGUGCACUCCUGUAUUCUAAUAAACAUUUUUUUUUCUUUCCAUGCAUUAUUUCACUUUGAGUUAACCGGGCCGCCGCUGCCGAGGGGAAUACAUUUCCAUGGACACUACGCAUCGGAUCCAAAUCGACGCCUUUCUCAGCUAAGGCAACAUUCUUGCAUCAAAAAAAAAAAACAAAAAAAAAAGAAAAAAAACUUGCUAGCUAAAGGAGGCUAGCGUCGAGCGUUAGCAUGUUAGCCUAGCCUGCUAACCAGCGGCAACUGACUAAAAGGUAACCAUGCAGGAAUGAAAAGUGGCCGUCCGCUGUGACCCUGCUAUCGCUUCGGACCCCAUCACUUUUGGCAUCCUCCAAAUAGCCUGCAAGGUGACCUGUCAGGCUUUUCUGUCAGGAUCUAUGGAAACCUGAACCAUGUGAGGGUCGCGUCCGCGGGAAUCCCAAGACUGUUGCAGGAACGACCCCGCUGUGCGGGGUUAAAGACUGACCCUGUCUUGUCCCUAAAAAAAAAAGUGUGCCUCCGUGGCCCCUUUAUUCCCAGCCACACAUUCCUGCUCUCCUUUUCCCAAAAGGAGGCACGCCAUGAUGUUCCGAGACCAGGUGGGUGUCCUCACAGACUGGUUCAAGGACUGGAAUGAGUGCGAGCAGACGGUGGCACUGUUGUCGCUCCUGAAGAGAGUGUCGCGCACCCAGGCUCGCUUCUUACACAUAUGCCUUGAACACUGGCUGGCAGACUGCACAGAGAUCCACAUCCUGGAAGCUGAGGCCAACAAUGCAGCCAUUGUCAACCAGUGGCACCAGGAGCCGAAGGAAAAAGUGGUGUCUCUGCUCCUCUCCCAUCUGCCUCUGCUGCAGCCGCGCAACAGCGAGGCCAAAUGUGAGUACAUGAAGCUGCUGCAGGAGGUGUUGAGUCACACCAUUGAGAGUAGCUCCUUUGUGGAGGAGAGCAGACAGCUCCUCUCCUACGCGCUCAUACACCCCGCCACCACGCUGGAGGACCGCACGUCUUUAGCCAUGUGGCUAAACCACCUGGAGGAGCACCUAUCCAGCGGGUACAUGCCCUCAACGCGGGCACCCCCCAGCCCCUACCACCCACGCAAAGGCUCUGAUGAGUGGCCCAACUCUGCCGAGGCCUUGGAGCCCGGGCACCCCUGGCACGACAAGUCUCCCUCAUCCAGCACGUCUCCUGCAGGCCAGAACGGGCACGUGGCUUUUCCGGGCGGCUUGUCCUCUCCCGUCAACAGCAAUAACACAGACCUGUCCACAUUCCCAGGUCUUGGUGGGCAGAUGCAGCCCAGCCCUCUGAAGAAGUCCAUGGCCCUCAUCCCUACCAGUCCCCAGGCUUGUGGCUCCGAGUGGGGCAGCCAGGAUGACACCGGGAGCCGGCAAAGCUUCCUCCCGUCAGAUCAUGCGCCCUUGUCCCCUCAGAGCAGCGUGGCCUCCUCGGGUAGCGAGCAGACUGAAGAGCAGAGCUCCGGACGCAACACCUUCCAGGAGGAGGGCAGCGGCAUGAAAGACGUUCCUGCAUGGUUGAAAAGUCUUCGUCUUCAUAAAUAUGCAUCGCUUUUCUCUCAAAUGGCUUACGACGAGAUGAUGAUUCUGACAGAGCAUCACCUGGAAUCACAGAACGUCACGAAGGGAGCACGCCAUAAAAUUGCCUUGAGCAUCCAAAAACUGCGUGAGAGGCAGAGUGUGCUCAAGUCUCUGGAAAAGGACAUUUUAGAAGGAGGAAACCUGCGUAACGCCCUGCAGGAGUUGCAGCAAAUCAUCAUCACCCCCAUCAAAGCGUAUAGCACACAGAGCGCAACACAGACCCCCCAGGACCCGCUCAGUUCUCCUUCAGAAGCCACAAAGUCGGCGGCGGAUAAAGAAGUGGCUCCGGAGGGCUUCCAUUCCCAAAACACGCCUCCCUGUGAUGGAGACUCAUCGGCGACACCCAUCCCAGAUGGCGACAUUGCCGGACAGUUCACCCGGGUCAUGGGCAAGGUGUGCACGCAGCUGCUCGUGUCCCGGCCAGACGAGGAGAAUAUCAGCUGUUACCUCCAGCUCAUUGAGAAGUGUCUAACACACGAGGCUUUCACAGAAACGCACAAGAAGCGUCUGGUAUCCUGGAAACAGCAGGUCCAUAAACUGCUCCGCCUCGUCCCCCGGAAAGCCAUGCUGGACAUGCCCGUGUACCGACAGAAAGGCUGGGCCUACGGUUCCAACUCCCUCCCCACAGCAGGCUCUGUGAGUGGAGGUGUGGGCAGACGAGGCCAGAGGCAGUUCCAGAUAACCCCUCGGGGACUUCAGGCUGGGCGUAUAGGACUUUUGAGUCCUGGUGGGAUUGGGGGCGCCUCUCCUCGCCACACUCUCACUAACCCUUCGCUGGCAGGCCAGGGUCGACAAAGUCUGUGGUUUGCCAACCCAGGGGGCAGUAACAGCAUGCCAAGUCAAAGUCGAAGUUCUGUGCAGCGGACCCACUCACUUCCUGUCCACACCUCCCCGCAAACCAUGCUCAUGUUCCAGCAGCAAGAUUGCCAAGUUCCAGGAGCUGACCUGGAGAUCAACCCUACGCUGGAGUCGCUGUGCCUCAGUAUGACAGAGCACGCCUUAGGGGAUGGAACCGACCGGACAUCGACGAUAUGAAAAAAAAGAUACCUGAGGCCUGUUCAGUUCCUCAUCACCCAGCACAAAGAUUUACGUACGCUCAAGAAAACCAGGCAAAGCAGUCACUACAUAAUGACAAAAAAACUGUGUAUAUGUUCUAAUAUUUUUGUACUUUAUUAUAUACAACUAAGUUUAUUCAAAGAAAAUAGAAUGCAGAUAAUUAUUAUAUUGCAGGGCGGCGAGGAAGGCUAACAACCGUGUCACUUGCAGGACUGUGGCACGGCACAACUUGAGAGAAAAGGACGGGCGCUGUCUUAAAACAGCGACCCUCCAAGUUUUUCUCCUUUUCCCUUAUUCCCGAAAACAGAGCGACAAACACGGCCGCUUUGUGUGUAGAUCAUGCAAAAUCCCAGCCCGAUGUAAGGCACUUUUAUACAACUAACGUCGGCACUAGACUGUAAUUGGCAAAAAGAACACACUUCCUGAAGUAGUACCGACAAGGUGUACUCUCUCCUCUCUGGUGUGGCAUCAAAACAGCAAACACGAGAAGAGGAGCGGGUGUUUUUUUUUUGGACGCCCGGGAGGAAGUCGUUCCUCUUCUUAACCUUUACAAAGCCAAAGAGAAGGUUUACUUGGGAGGGAUACAAGAAUGGUUUAACUUUGAAAAAAAAAAAAAAAAAAAGCAGUACAACGGCUGCAAUUUGUCUCGUCGUUUUAACUCCCUACCGCGCACACGAUGAUGGAUCUCGCGCCGUGCCGAGGAGGGUCGUGCUUUUAUCGCACCAGAGCUGAUUUUUUUGACUCGAAACGUGAUAACGCUUCAAAUCGGCUCUUUUUGCCGCGCCCUCGUCCUCAACGCUCGCCGACGUGACGAUUGGAUGAAUCGUGCGUUCCAAGGUGCUCGAAGAUGUCCAUAUAUAUAUUUUUUUUUCCGUUUGUGUCUUGUGUUUCAGUCCAAAAAAAACAAACAAAAAAAAAACCUCGACAUUAUCAAGUGGUAUCAGUGUUUAAAAAAAAAAAGAGAUAAAUAACAAAAAAGCGGUCUUCUAACAAGCUCUGUCUUGGAAUGUGGCAGAGUGGAGGUGCAUGUGCGUUGAGUAUGGUCGUUUUGGGUCACUCGUUUGUUUUUUGUUUUCCGGUUGCAUCAUGAGGCAGGAAGGAACCAUUGACGUUUUAUUUCAGCAGAUGCUCAUAUAGACACCUGUAUUUUUUAUUGAUAACUUAUGCUUAUUUUCUAUAAUCGCAUGUUUUUGCCACACUAAAACAGUUGUUGAUUAAGAGGACACGGUGAGCGGAAAUCUUGCAACUAAAGUUGUGUUUAUAACGCCUGUUUACAUCUCUAAGAUAACGCCCGCUUCAUAUGUGAUGUCCAAAUUUGGAAAAAAAAAACAAAACGCUUCACCCCUUUUUCUAUGGACGAAGUUGAAAUAUGUGCAUGGGGGUGCCUGAAACCGCACAUGUUCAUUUCUCCCGGUCUCGAGUCAGGAUUUUUCUUCAGAGCAGGCUCUUAGGAUAGAUCUGACUUACUAAGAAAAGUAACAACAACAUAAAAAAAAAACCCAGAAAAAGCAUCACACUCAUGCCCCCAAGCAAGGACCUGAAAAGAGCUGUGUGAUCCGCUCCGACUCGUGUUACAUCCGGUUCCUUUUCGCGGCCCAGUCCGUGCGAGCGCCGCACGCAAAGGGAGGUACGGGAAUAGUGCUCGGUAAAGACGCAGCAGGGUAUGGCGACGCUUCUCUGAGCCACAGUCAAAAAGAGUCGUCCAAACACUACACAACAGCUGGCCAAGGAAUACGUUUACUCCAUGUUUACAUUCCAGUGAUGCAUAAAAAAGAAAAAGAGUGCACUUUUCUGCACGGUAAAGAAACAACAGUGACAUCGAGAUCAUUGCUGUCCCUGCCAAGCUUUAUUAAUGACUUAACAGCAACGCACUCGACAUUUUGCUUUCGUCUUUACCACGGUUUAUAUUUCAUCCUGAUAAAAUUUGCAGAUGUUUUUCUAAUGUUUUAUGAAAUCCUGUGCAUCCCAUUGCUUACUUUUCAGUAAGUCAUAUUUGUGAAUGGUCUGAAGUGCAGCGUAUGUCGGAUCUUUUUGACAGUCCAAAUAAAGAGGUUCGGUUUGUUU